UCUUUAUUUCUCUAUGGCCUUUCUCUUUGUUCGGUGGCUCAUCUCUCUCUCUCCUUCUCUCUAGGGUCUCUAGCGGUCUGCAUCUUUGCUCCACCAGCAGCAUCCGAGGACGAGGAGUAGCUGUUCCUCCGCCUCCGGAGGAAAGGAGGCAGGCGAGGAGUGUGAGCUGAAGCCUGGAGGCCUCCUCCCGAGCUAGAGCCUAGAGCAAGAUUACUAAUGUCUGCAUAUGGCAAUGGGGUCAUCUACAACUGAUGCUAGUGAUGAGCUGGUGAGCUACUCGUGGUUGGGUUUGACAGUACCACAGUCACAGAAAGAAGAUGCUGGAUUUCCAAAGGUUUUGUUGCUUCUUUCAUCGCAUCUUGACAAGGCAGUUCAGAAGAAUGAAGAGUUACUAGGUUCCAGUAAAAUAAAGGAGUCAACCACUAUCUUUCAUGGUCAGAGGGUGCCAGAGCUUAGUAUAAAGCUCUACGCAGAACGCAUUUUCAAGUAUGCACAGUGCAGCCCAUCUUGCUUUGUGUUGGGACUUAUCUACAUGGAGAGAUAUCUGCAGCAACCAAACAUUUACAUGACGUCACUUAGUGUUCAUCGCUUGCUGAUUACAAGUGUUGUUAUUGCUGCCAAAUUCACAGAUGAUUCGUUUUUCAACAAUGCAUACUACGGGAAAGUUGGAGGAAUUAGCACAAGAGAGAUGAAUAGACUUGAACUGGAUCUGUUGUUUAGUUUGGAUUUUAGGCUCAAAGUGAGUUUAGAGACGUUUGGAAGCUACUGCUUGCAGUUGGCAAAGGAAGAAUUGGCUCUUGUUCUGGAGAGACCAAUUCAUGUCCAGACCGCCAACGGUACUAAACACAUGAUUUGUAACAAUAGUGCUGAUGAGAUUUGCAAGCACGAGCUAGUGCGUGAAAGAUACAGCACUCAAGCUCUUCAAGGAUAUAGCUGAUAGAUGUGAUUUGUGACGGACAGUUAAAGGGUGAGGGUCUGAGUACUGAUAAUUCUUUUUGUUGUCAUUUGUGCAUUCAGAUUGCUUCAAAUUGUGCUGAGGCAAUUGGUUAGUGGGGCUGUUAUUUUACUUAUCUAUGACACUCUUAUUCUUGUGAACUACGCUGCUCUAUUUUUUUCCCAAUGAGUUUGAAAAUGACAUUUCUGGAGCCUGGGCA